AUGAAACCCAAGACGGCCUUGAUUCUCGUGGAUAUUCAGUACGACUUUCUACCUCCGGAUGGCUCUCUCGCGGUCAACGAAGGGAAUCAAAUCCUAGAGCCCACAUACAAGCUCUUGGAUAACGCCAGGGAAUACUUUGAUCUGGUGGUUGCCUCACAGACUUUGAACUCACCUUAUCAAGAUCAUCCUGUGUCUCAUGUCUCAUUUGCAAGCACACACGGCAAGGAUCCAUUUACUGCUAUUGAAGUCCCCAAGCUGCAUUCUGAAGAGACGAUUACGCAAAUGCUUUGGCCAGACCAUUGUGUACAAGGUACAUUUGGCUUCAAGACAAUCGUUCUCGUCGACGCUGUUCGUGCCGUGGAUGGGUCGCAGAACGAGGCCGUCCUUGCCGAGCUGCAGAGAUGGGGAUGCGAGAUGGCCAGCAGUAACAAUCUCAUAAAUGUGUAG